CACUCGAGCAUGACACGAUCGAGUGUUGUCGCGCUCGUCGUCGCCACCCUCCUCGCAUGGGCCAGCGCACAGCCGCCUUGUCCGUACGACGACCUGCCGCCCUACGUGCGCUACAUCCUCGUCGCCGGGCCCAUGUGCUCGCCCAAUGUGACCUUUUGCGCCGUCGACACGGCUUGCAACGUGAGCUGGGUCGGCGCCACGCGGGCGUCGGUCCGUGGCGCCCAGGCCAUCGGGUCGCUACUGCCCUUUGUCGGUGACUCGAUGUCCAUUACGGGCUCGACGAUCAUGCGCCUCGACCAUAUGCAGCUUUCGCCGCGCCUCCGCAAGCUUGAGUUUAUCGACACAAACGUUGACAUUCCGCCGUCCUUGCAAUGGUCCCGGAACGUCACGACCUUAACGUUUACGAAUGUGAGCAUGGAUACGAUUCCGGCCAAUCUGCCCAAGACCCUCACGUCACUGACGUUUGCCAAGAAUCACUUGACGUCGCUGACGAAUUUGCCCACGAACCUCACGUCCUUGUCGCUCAUCAACAACGAUCUCACCGAGAUUGUGGGCCAAAACUGGACCAAGCUCAACCAACUGUCGCUCGGGGGCAAUCCGCUCACGACCAUCGAUCGCGUGCGUCUGAGCCGAACCAACCUCCGGCUCUUCGACUGCGCCGGCUGCAACCUGACCGAUUUCUUUGUCGAUGAAAACACGUUCCUUGCACUCGACCAGCUCACGCCGCUCUCGAUGCGGUCGUCGGCAUCCGGUAUCAUUUACUUUGGCUUCAACCUUGAUGGCGGCCACAUUACCUCCAACGCAACCAACUGCGCGGCCGCUGGCGGCUCGAUCCACGAGCUCUGGACUGCGUACGAGUACUUGACGAGCACGUUCUAUACGGUCUGCGUCCUGCCACCGCCGCCCACGCCGGAGCCAACGACGACGUCGCUGCCGACCACGGACAGUGGCGUCAUCACGAUCCCAGUGCAAACCGUUCUCUCGACGCCGAGUUCGACCGAGGCGAUUCUGCCGAUGAGCAAAUCCCAAGGCUUGAUCUCUGUCGCGCUAGUCGGCAUCGGCGCACUCGUGUCGCUCUGCUGCGUGGGGCUCCUCGUGUGCUGCAUGCAUCGCCGCGAGCACAUCCACGACAGCGAGCUCUGGACGCUCAACAACACUCGGUCGACGCAAAACUCGUAUGACACGCUGUCGUCGACGCAGUUCAACACGCUGGACCUCUUGGGCAUCCUCCUCUACCGUCUUGACAACGCCGCUGUCGUGCCCACGCGCUUACUCGCGUCCGGUGCGUUUGCCGACGUGUACCUUGGCGAGUACAAGGGCGAGCCUGUCGCGAUCAAGAAGCUGCUGGGCCACCGUGUCGGCAUUACGGAAGUCCAGGGCCUUGUCGACGAGAUCAAGCUCAUGGCGAGCUUUGACUGCCCGUACAUUGUCAAGUGCCUUGGCGCAUGCUGGGACCAACCGUCCGAUAUGAAGUGUGUGCUCGAAUUUAUGGGUGGCGGUGACCUCCGUGACUACCUCCAGCGCUACUCGCCCGCUGAGUACACGUGGCCAGCCAAGGUUGCGACCAUGUACUGCGUUGUCGAGGCCCUCAUGUAUUUGCACUCGCUGCCCGUGAUCCAUCGGGACCUCAAGUCGCGCAACGUCCUUCUGGACGACGCCAAGGGCGCCAAGCUCACCGACUUUGGCGUCUCGAAGGAAGACACGCAGGCCACGAUGACGGUCGGCGUCGGCACGUACCGCUGGAUGGCGCCCGAGAUUCUCCAGUUCAACCACUACACGACGGCCGCCGACAUUUACUCGUUCGGGAUGCUCUUGUCCGAGUUUGAUACGCACGACAUUCCGUACGCCAACAUGAAGAACGAGAAGAGUGGCAAGCCGCUCAUCGACACGGCCAUCAUGGGGAUGGUGAUUGCGGGGUCGGUCAAGCCAACCUUUAGCGACGAGAUGCCCGAGUGGCUCCGGACGCUUGCGCUCCAGUGCAUUGAAACCGAGCCCGAGAACCGCCCGACGGCCAUGUACCUCGCGGCCGUGCUUCGGAAGCGGCUCAAGACGAUGACUGCGUAGUCGACAACUAAAGUCUCAUGUCGAUACACUACUGUACUUGCCACUA